AGAAACGGUGAACCCACAUAGCUGCUCCGCCCGUGGGCUCGAUCUCUACGGAGUUACUUCGGUGAAGUCUAAAACACAAACUGGAGGAGCUCCUCCGCUGAAUACGAAGAGUUAGGGCUUUCUUCUUUCUUUUCUCCUUGAGUUCAAAAUCCAAAAGCCAUGUCCGGCCUCCACCGAUCCUCUAGUGGUGCUCCACCCAAGAACGGCCUUCCUCCCCAGGAACUCCUCGACGAUCUCUGCAGUCGGUUCGUUUUAAAUGUACCAAAAGAAGACCUCCAGUCAUUUGAAAGGAUUUUAUUUCUUGUGGAGUAUGCACAUUGGUUCUAUGAAGACAAUUCAGUGGAAAAAAAUCCAUCGCUGAAGUCAUUCACUCUGAAGGAGUUCACUUCUUUAUUGUUUAACAGUUGUGACGUCUUAAGACCUUAUGUUGCCCAUAUAGAUGACAUAUUUAAGGACUUCACUUCCUACAAGGUCCGAGUUCCUGUAACAGGAUCAAUCAUUUUGGAUGAGACCUAUGAACGGUGUCUACUAGUGAAGGGUUGGAAAGGGUCAAGCUGGAGUUUUCCACGCGGCAAAAAGAGCAAAGACGAGGAAGACGAUGCAUGUGCCAUCAGAGAAGUCCUGGAGGAAACAGGUUUUGAUGUUUCUAAGCUUAUUAACAAAGAUGAAUACAUUGAAGCGAUAUUUGGACAGCAGAGGGUGCGGCUUUACAUAAUUGCCGGUGUGCAGGAUGAUACUGCCUUUGCUCCCCUUACCAAAAAAGAGAUCAGUGAAAUUGCAUGGCAUCGGCUUGAUGAACUUCAGCCAGCAAGUGAUGAUGUGAUAUCUCGUGGGAUGACUGGCCUCAAGCUUUACAUGGUGGCCCCUUUCUUGGCGUCUUUGAAAUCAUGGAUUUCAGCACGUCAGCCCCCCUUGGCUCCAAAACCUGAUAUGCCUCUCAAAGGAAUAUGUGUCUGGAAAGCAAAGAACAAUUCAAUAGGGAACAGCAGCACAAUAAUAACGGAGAGCCAGUCGACUAAACCCGAGCCUGAUGUUCACCCUCCUGACACGGGACCUGGUAGGAGCUUCAGAAACUUCAGAUUUGAUACUCCAUCAAUCUUGCAAGCAAUGGAAGCUGCUUUUUCUGCUUGAAGGCCAACUCUCUCUUUUCUUUGUAAAGUGGUUUGAGUUCACAUGGCUGGGCGUUUUCCAACCAUUUCACCUGUAUCACUGAACACACUGAUCAACCUUCACGCAGGCUUGGUAGGUGUACAAGCUGUACAUGUUUGUGUCAGAUUUUCAGGUUUGGGUUAUAUGUAUAUUCUGUAUAGAAUACCUUUUCUUUCAAAAAUAUGCACUUCACUUUGUUCA